GUCGAUAUUGGAAAUUUUAGAGUUUUGAUCACGAAUUGAUCAAAGUUUCCAUGUGUCUGUCUGGAUACCAUUUUGCCCAAAAAAUCCUGGACACCCCUUUGCCCCAAAAACAUCUUCUCAAUGAACCCUUACAUUCAUGACAUUAGUCCCUGACAUGAUAUCGGUCGUAUACAUUACACUUGCCGCGGCCUUCGUCAACACAGAUAGCUUGAAUUGACCAAACAUGAUCCCUAAUUCCGCGUGUAGCACAAACCGUGAAUUGAGGCACUCGGGCCACACAAAGGAAAAAAAUGUAACCAGCGUUCUUGUGUCAUCCAUUCAAAUUUGGCGACCAGUUCAAAAGGGUUUAUUCCACUUUGUUCAUUGCCAAUGGGGAGCUGCACAUCCAAGUCGCAAAUCGCCAGCAAGCCUCCCACGAAGGCUGUUACGUCCAGUACUGGCACGGCCUCGAGAACCCGAGUUAUGGCAGAUAGAGAGUACCAUAACGUAGAAGCCAGUACUUAUGUGCUACCUAAAGAUGAUCGAGAAAAGGAUCGUCUGCAUGAGCAACACUAUUUGUUGAAAGAAAAAUUUGGAGGCAAUCUGCUGAAGCCAGAAUUCACUGUAAAGCUCUUUGAAAAAGAUCUUAAGGUGCUGGACAUAGGCUGUGGGCCUGGUACUUGGCUCAUGGACUUGGCUACGGAAUAUCCUAAUAGCAACUUUUAUGGCGUUGAUAUCACAGAUACUUUCCCCCAAGCUAUCCAUCCUCGUAAUUUGCAAUUUCAGGUUGCUAAUGUCUUGGAACCUCUUCCUUUCGAUUUCAAGUUUGACUUCAUACACGUUAGACUUCUGACAGUUGCUCUCCGAGAAUCUGAAUGGGAAAUAGCGUUCAGGAACAUUUACAAUUCUCUAAAGCCCGGCGGUAUUUUCCAAAUCACAGAAGGCUGCCCAUUGCUGAAUACAACUGAUCCUGAAAUGCUGGUUAUUCGCACAAAUAUGGCUCAACUUGUCCGCAAGAAACAGCAAAAUCCAGAUAUGGCGUCACAGCUUGAUGUUGUCCUGGAGCAAGAGAAUUUCAAGGUGCUUCACAAACAGGCUAUCGAGUUACCCUUGGGACACGGAACACCUGCCGACAUUGCGACUGGCGACGUUUACAAAGAAGUGCUGUUAGGUAUGGCUCCGUUCAUGGCUGCCCAAAUGAGCGUUGACAUUGAAGAAUACAAGAGAUUGGUCCAUAAGGCGGCUGCAAACAUGGGUCCCAACAAGGCCUCCAUUCCACUUUGGGGCUAUAUUGCCCAACGCCCUAGCGACAACUAAUAUGAGAAAGCCAAGGGAUAUCAGUAACGUAUUGAGAUACUUUGUAUUUGCUAUAUAGAUUGUGUGUAGACGAAACACUGCGAGAACUAUUUAAUAUAACUUAUACCUAUGGACGACCACUAGCAAGCGAAUCCAGUUACAUGUGCAACGGGUGCCAAAAGAUAGACUCUUAUGAUACAAUACAUGAGAACACACAGACUCAUUUUUAUUGAUUAAUGGU